AGUGCGAGCUAUUGGCAAGAUAUUUACAGCACGAGGGGAUGAAGAGGACAUCACUCUUGGAGAAGAUCCUGCAGAUGCUGAUAUCUUUACGGAUGAAGACACAGCAUAUAGGAAGGAUCCUGAUAGCAGGCCUCCGAACAAUAUGAUACAGAAGACGAUGAAUUCUCUACAUCUUCUCUACAAGUGGUCAGGGACGGCAGAAGCAAAGUUUACGAUCAAGUACACUAUUGUAUCUGUUCUACUUUGGCUCCCAAGUGUAUUUCAUUCGAGUGCACAGUUUUAUUACGUCCAGAAAGGUGUCUGGGCUCUUAUCAUGGCUCAAACCACAAUGAAUAUCUACGCUUCUGACCAGAUAUUCAACUAUGUCAUCCGUCUCGUGGGGACAUUUGUUGGACUUUGUCUCGGCCUUGUGACCUGGUAUAUAGGAUCCGGGCGAGGAAUUGGCAAUCCUUAUGGUGUGGCGGCGAGCUCCGCAGUAUUUCUCAUCCCUGUGGUUUGGCUACGGCUGUUUGCCCCUGCAAAGUACCUGCCAGGUGUACUGAUUGGCGGUGCUACUUUUGCUCUCGUUGUUGGGUAUUCAUGGAUUGACGGUCAUCUGCAAACUGUUGGAAACCCCGGGAUAGGUUGGUCUAUUGCGUGGAGGCGCUGGGUGCUCGUUGUGAUUGGAAGUGCUGCAUCGUUCAUCAUGAUGAUGCUUCCGCCGACUUCCGGUCGCAAAGCCGUGCGUCUUCGAAACGCAGCAGUUAUUUCCAAAAUCAGCAACAUGUAUGCAUUCCUCGUGUCGACCUGGAUCGAAACAGAACAUCGUGAAAAACCGUCACGCCGUGCGCAUGCAUCUGAGGCCUGGUUAUCGGAAUUCCGGUUAAGGCUAAAGGCUCUAGCUGAGCAAGUCCAGUCAGUCAGACAACUUACUGACAUGGCGAAAUGGGAAGGAAAUAUCCGUGGGGCUUGGCCGUUGAAAGAGUAUAAUGAGUUGGCAGAUGCCGAGUCCGAAAUGCUUAACGCUAUAGCACAGCUUGGUAGCGCAAUCGCACACCUUGAUGACGACUGGCGGAUCAAAUUCCUGCACAAAACAAAAGUUGUGCACCCCAAUUUCAUCAGCGACGUCUUGACCAAAUUCACGGUCGUGUCUCAGUCCCUACGUACUGGAGAAGCGAUGCACCAAGUUCUCCCGCGCUCUCUAUUGGAUCGCUUGUUCUAUCACAAUAGGAUUGCCAAUAUAGCCCAUGUGGCUGGUGAGGAUUCGGUUGACGUUGAGGCUUUAAGGUCCCUGGACUAUGUAUAUUAUGCAUCCGGAAUUGUCGCUGUGUCCCAGCUUCUCAUGCAUUGGACGAAGUGCACAGCAUUACGAAAAGGCUAUGCGGAGAAGUGCCACUUCAAGGCUACGAACGCUGGAAAGAACAAUAUGAACAGACACACGUUCUGGCAUAGCCCGGUAGGUGAGGACUGGGGAUCGCAGUAGGCGCUUGUGCACAGACGCCCUGAGCUGUGCCGCUUGCCGGUGGCUCUGAGUGUUUUCUCAGGGAUGUUCUGCAUUCUCCGCCUGCUGUGCAACGAGCACCGUGUAACAAAUGGGCGCUGUGGGGAUCUAGGCUGGGUACAUAAGUAAUCAGUAAACUAUACUCUAAAUUAUUUAUCUGUGAUUGUAU